CCCUGCCGUGUUCUGCGAUCGCGUCCUCGGCAGCGGCGCUGCUUUUCCGGCUGUCCCGCCCGUCCCGAGGCGGCGCGGAAAGAGACCCGCGGCUUCACUGCUCCGCCGCGGCUGCUGCUGCCUCCCCCCCGGCACCCUCCGCCUCCAGCGGGGCGCGGAGGCCAUGUUCCCGCCGGACUCCACCUGGAAUAUCUCCUUCGCCGGCUGCGGCUUCCUGGGGAUCUACCACGUCGGCGUGGCCAGCUGCCUGAAGGAACAUGCCCCGUUCCUAGUGGCCAAUGCCAAGAAGGUGUACGGCGCCUCGGCCGGGGCGCUCACCGCCACCGCCCUCGUCAGCGGCGCCUGCCUCGGUGAGGCCGGUGCCAGCAUUAUUCGGGCGUCAAAAGAAGCCCGGAAGAGGUUCCUGGGCCCGCUGCACCCCUCUUUCAACAUGGUGAAAACCAUUCGGAUGUCUGUGUCCAAGAUGGUGCCGGACAAUGGGCACGAGGUUGCAGCAGGACGUUUGGGUAUUUCCCUGACACGGGUCUCUGAUGGGGAGAACGUGAUCCUGUCAGACUUCAAUUCCAAGGAGGAACUGAUCCAGGCCUGUAUCUGCAGCACCUUUAUCCCUGUCUACUGUGGGCUGAUACCUCCAACCUUGCGUGGAGUGAGAUACGUUGAUGGAGGGAUUUCUGACAAUUUGCCCCAAUAUGAGCUGAAGAACACAAUCACAGUGUCUCCUUUCUCGGGAGAGAGCGAUAUCUGCCCACGGGACAGUUCCACAAAUAUGCACGAGCUGAGAGUCACCAAUACAAGCAUCCAGUUCAACCUUCACAACCUCUACCGCCUCUCCAAGGCCCUGUUUCCUCCAGAGCCACAGGUGCUGCGGGAUAUGUGCAAGCAGGGCUAUCGAGACGCACUGCACUUCCUGAAGAGGAAUGGUCUCCUUCAUCGUCCAAGUCCUGCCCGUCCUCUCCUUGCCAUAGAAGCACCUCCAGGAGAGAAGGAAGAGGAAGAAACAGAAGCUGAGGACCAAGUAGAGGACAACACUGCCCUUGCUGUUGUUGAAGAGCAUAUCUUGGAACACUUGCCUCCCAGACUGAACCAAGCUCUCGUGGAGGCUUGUGCUGAAAGAAGAAGUUUCUUGACUGGCCUGAGCAACAUGCUGCCUGUGCGUGUGGCCACGGCCAUGAUGGUCCCCUACAUGCUGCCUCUGGAGUCUGCAGUCUCCUUCACUGUCAGGUUGCUGGAAUGGCUCCCAGAUAUCCCUGAGGAUAUAAGAUGGAUGAGGGAGCAGAUGACAGAAAUCUGCAGCUAUCUUGUGAAGAAAGCCAAGAAGAAACUGGGCAGCCAUCUUUCAGCCAGGCUUUACUACCACCUCGAGCUCGGAGGGCCCCAGAAGCUGCCAAUUUCGCCCCCGGCACCUUGUGGUGAAGCGCUGCCCAUGUGGAUGAGGAGCCACCGCUCGGUCUCUGACGUCAUGAUGAAGUGGGAGGAGUACCAGCGGCAGCUCAUGCUGGGCUUGCUCUGCAUCAACGUGGACAUGCAAGCCUCCCUCUUCCCUCGGGAGGGGUUUCAGUUAAAGCUUCCACCUCUAGGCUGUGCAAAAGAGUGCCUGCCACUCUUCUGAGCCUGCUGCUGCGAGGGGAUGAGAGUGGGUGGGAAGGAGAAUGGACACAGGGUGGGACCAUUCUCAUCCCUCAGCAGCAGGCUGCCCCACGCUCCUGAAUAUGUUGCCAUGGGGAUUACCCCGGGAUGGACACUGGUGGAAUUGACUGUAGACUUUUGUUGCCCACUGGGCCAAGCAAGGGACCUUUGUGUUCACAGCCACACACAGGCUGAUUCCUUGCUCUAGACUUGUGGUGAAGCCUGGCCAUUGCCUGUGGCCAGGCUGAUGUUGACCCAGCUGGGCUCUCCCAAAUAGUGCACUUUGAAUUGCCACUGGCUUUUUCCCCGCCAAACAACAGGAUGUAGAUGACGCUCUCAAGUUCAUACAGCUUUUACCUCCCUUGGUUUUUCAGAGCAUGUUACUUGAUUCCUCUCCUUAAAUCAUCUGACAACCUUUAGUUCUUCGUGCUACUGAAAGAUGAUGUAGCCUCUUGCCAAACCGAUUUUUGUCAUGGCUUUCAAAUGUCCUCCUGACUUUCUUCUUUGCUGAAACCAUGUCCUUUCCUCUCUCCCUUAAUUGCAUCCGCACCAGAAGCCGGAGCUGGUCCUGCAGCAGACUACACUGGAACUGCAGAAGUGUAGAAAAGUUAUCUGUUUUCCCUGAUUCAUGUUGUCCUCAUCUCUCCCUUUUUGAUUGGGGUCCUCAGGGAGCUACUGUGACUUGAACUCUGAAUGUUAAGUGAUUGAGUUUAUUUAAAGAAGUAAUUUUGACAGAUUUUUUUUUCCAGGGAAACAUGUUGAAUUUGAGGCCCUGUUCCUCACUCUGAGAAUGGAAUUGGUGUGGGGUUGCCCUGAAAAAAAGCUCAGCCUGCUUAUCUCAGGAUCAAUUUAGCAGCUGAAGCAAUAUGAAGUGGUUGUAGGAAGAUGAGAAUUGUGCAGGGCAUGUUAUUUUUGAGAGGCUUGUGGUGGAGUGUCACAGUGAGUGCUGGGGAGGUGGCUGCCUCUGACAGGGGUCAGUUGGGCUUUGCUCCUUAAGGGGCUGUACAGCUGAGGCAAAUUCUGAGUGGGUGAUGCAGAAUGGAUCCCCUGCCAAACUGAGGCUUUUAUCUCUUUUGCUCAGAAAAUUUGGUUGUUGAGGCUUUGGAGUGAGAAGGAUUUAGGCUUGUAGCUACACCAGCAUCCCAGCUUGCCUGUCUAGUGUUGUGGCUCACAGGUCCUGCUCUGUAGCUAGCAAUAGCAGGAGCAUGAGAAGUGAAGACUGUUGAGGCACAUGCAGCCCCUUGGAAUUGGCUCCUCUUGGUCUUGCCCCUUAAAAUCCAGAGCUGUAGCAGAGCAGGACUCUGCCUCGAGGCGCUGCCUUCUCCGCAGUGGUCAUGGCUUGUGUGAGGGGUAUGAACCCUGUGUUCUUCACAGGGUGAGACGUGGCUUCCUGUGGGGAUUGCAUGGACUUAGGCUCUGACAAACCCAGCUCCUGGUAUCUUUUUCUGCUGCUUGUCUUGCUACAUGAGGCGUCUUCUACCUCUCCUAGCACAAACAGUGUGCAAUGGCCAAAGCAAACCUAUGCUGUCUUUGCUGGGGAGCAGGACAGGGUAUCGAACUGAUUAUGUAGCCUAUACAUGGAAUAGUAAUUUUUAAUAGUAAUUUUGCACCUUAGAUUUAGAAAGGGAAAAUAAACCCAGAAGUUGUGCUAAUCACUGGAGAAAGUAGUGAGACUUCACGAGCAGUGUGGGUGAUGGGGUGGGUGCUGUUUCCUACGAGCACAGCUGUGCACUGGGCACGGGUUUGGUGUUUGUGUGGAGAUGGAUAAGCAUCAGGGCUCUGCUGCAGUGGCUGUGCCAAGCUGGGAGGCAAUGGAGCGGGCCUCUGCCCAGGAGGCAGUGCAAGAAUGAACUUGUGACUUGGUUGUCACCCCACUGCCCUUGCUGGAUGAAACUAUGUAACACAAA